UCCUAUUUACAGGCUAUUGAGAGGAACCAUCUUCCCCCGCAAACACACAUACACGUCUGCUUUAUUCUGGUACAUUCUCCUUAGUUUCCAGUUGAGGACACUGGGGUUCAUGGGCCCAGCCGUGUCUCCAGUCACUCAGCCAGGGUAGGCCUGGGCUCUUGCUUGCCAUCUGGAGGAGCCUGGCUCUUUGGGGUCCCACAUGUAGUCUGGGAUCUGGGGGGUCAGCACCUCGGACAGCGCAGGCCGCAGACAGGGCGGGGCGUCCACCGAGACGUCACGACGCGCGGAAUCCCGGGGGUGCGCGCUCACAGCGGCCGUGUCACGUGACUUAGGUAAUUGGUACAGCUCGCUGCUCGCCCCACUCGGCGCAGUCCUCGGACCUUCAGCCCCCCACCCCCGGACCGCGUGGCCCGGAAUCUCGGCCAGCCGACUUGGUGCAGGUCACCUCAGGAGACCACCCUUCCUUCACUGAGGAACUCACCUGUUGCUCCGGCUCAAAAUGAGUCAGCUGAGGCUGCUGCCAUUCAGGUUGGGGCCACAGGCCACGAAGCUCCUAGGCACACAGGAUAUCCCAGCGUUCAGUGGGCGCAGCAGGUCCUCUGGGCCACCGACUACCAUCCCAAGGAGUAGAAGCACAGUCAGCUCCAGUUACGUGGAGGAGAUGUACUUUGCCUGGUUGGAAAACCCACAGAGUGUUCACAAGUCCUGGGACAGCUUCUUCCAGAGAGCAAGGAAGGAGGCCUCUCUGGGUCCCGCUCAGCUACAGCCCCCAGCUGUCAUUCAAGACAGCAGACCGUCCGUCUCAAGUUGUACCAAGACCAGCAAGCUGGUAGAGGACCACCUGGCAGUGCAGUCCCUGAUCCGUGCCUACCAGAUCCGAGGCCACCACGUGGCCCAGUUGGACCCCUUGGGCAUCCUGGAUGCAGACCUGGACUCCUUUGUGCCCUCAGACUUGAUCACAACCAUUGAUAAAUUGGCCUUCUAUGACCUGCAGGAGGCUGACCUGGACAAGGAGUUCCAGCUGCCCACCACUACUUUCAUCGGGGGCUCGGAGAGCACACUCUCCCUGCGAGAGAUCAUCCGUCGCCUGGAGAGCACCUACUGCCAGCACAUCGGCCUGGAGUUCAUGUUUAUUAACGACGUGGAGCAGUGCCAGUGGAUCCGACAGAAAUUCGAGACUCCUGGCGUGAUGAAGUUUUCCAGUGAGGAGAAGCGGACCCUGCUGGCCAGGCUGGUGCGUUCCAUGAGGUUUGAAGACUUCCUGGCCAGGAAGUGGUCUUCGGAGAAGCGGUUUGGCCUGGAAGGCUGUGAGGUCAUGAUCCCUGCACUCAAGACCAUUAUCGACAAAUCCAGUGAGAUGGGGAUUGAAAAUGUCAUCCUGGGGAUGCCACACAGGGGCAGGCUGAAUGUGCUGGCCAACGUGAUCCGCAAGGACCUGGAGCAGAUCUUCUGUCAGUUUGAUCCCAAGCUGGAAGCAGCAGAUGAGGGCUCUGGUGAUGUCAAAUACCAUCUGGGUAUGUACCACGAGAGGAUCAACCGUGUCACCAACAGGAACAUCACGCUGUCGCUGGUAGCCAACCCUUCCCAUCUGGAAGCUGUGGACCCUGUGGUACAGGGGAAGACAAAGGCAGAGCAGUUCUACCGUGGCGAUGCUCAGGGCAGGAAGGUCAUGUCCAUCCUGGUCCAUGGAGAUGCCGCCUUCGCUGGCCAGGGUGUUGUCUAUGAGACCUUCCAUCUGAGUGACCUGCCUUCCUAUACCACCAACGGCACAGUGCAUGUUGUGGUCAACAACCAGAUUGGCUUUACCACAGACCCCCGAAUGGCCCGCUCCUCACCUUACCCCACUGACGUGGCGCGGGUGGUCAAUGCCCCCAUCUUCCACGUGAACGCAGACGACCCGGAGGCCGUGAUGUAUGUGUGCAGUGUGGCAGCCGAGUGGAGGAACACCUUCAACAAAGACGUUGUUGUAGACCUGGUCUGUUACCGCCGGCGUGGCCACAAUGAGAUGGAUGAGCCCAUGUUCACACAGCCGCUCAUGUACAAGCAGAUCCACAAGCAGGUGCCCGUGCUGAAGAAGUAUGCGGACAAGCUCAUCGCUGAGGGCACGGUCACGCUGCAGGAGUUUGAGGAAGAAAUUGCCAAAUAUGACCGAAUCUGUGAGGAGGCGUAUGGCAGGUCCAAGGAUAAAAAGAUCCUGCACAUAAAACACUGGCUGGAUUCCCCCUGGCCUGGCUUCUUCAACGUGGAUGGCGAGCCCAAGAGCAUGACGUGCCCAACCACGGGCAUCCCCGAGGACAUGCUGACCCACAUUGGCAACGUGGCCAGCUCUGUGCCCCUGGAGGACUUUAAGAUCCACACAGGCCUCUCUCGAAUCCUGCGUGGCCGCGCAGACAUGACCAAGAAGCGCACAGUGGACUGGGCGUUGGCAGAGUACAUGGCUUUUGGUUCCCUGCUGAAGGAGGGCAUCCAUGUGCGGCUCAGCGGCCAAGAUGUGGAGAGGGGUACAUUCAGCCACCGACACCAUGUUCUUCACGACCAGGAAGUUGACCGGAGGACAUGUGUCCCAAUGAAUCACCUGUGGCCUAACCAGGCCCCCUACACCGUGUGUAAUAGCUCCCUCUCGGAGUAUGGGGUUCUAGGCUUUGAGCUGGGCUACGCCAUGGCCAGCCCCAACGCCCUGGUCCUCUGGGAAGCUCAGUUUGGUGACUUCCACAACACAGCCCAGUGCAUCAUUGACCAGUUUAUCAGCACCGGCCAGGCCAAGUGGGUGCGGCACAAUGGCAUCGUUCUCCUGCUGCCCCAUGGCAUGGAGGGCAUGGGUCCGGAGCACUCCUCAGCAAGGCCAGAAAGAUUCCUGCAGAUGAGCAAUGACGACUCAGAUGCGUACCCAGUGUUCACUGAAGACUUCGAGGUGAGCCAGCUCUAUGACUGCAACUGGAUUGUGGUGAACUGCUCCACACCAGCCAGCUACUUCCACGUGCUGCGCCGACAGAUCCUGCUGCCCUUCCGCAAGCCACUCAUUGUCUUCACACCCAAGUCCCUGCUGAGGCACCCGGAUGCCAGGUCCAGCUUUGACCAGAUGGUGUCCGGAACAAGCUUCCAGCGGAUGAUUCCCGAAGCCGGCCCUGCGGCAGGGGCUGCCGAGCAGGUCCAGCGGCUCAUCUUCUGCACAGGAAAGGUGUACUAUGACCUGGUGAAGGAGCGCAGCAGCCAGGGCCUGGAGCAGCAAGUGGCCAUCACACGCCUGGAGCAGAUCUCUCCAUUCCCUUUUGACCUAAUCAUGCGGGAGGCAGAAAAAUACUCCGGUGCUGAGCUGGUGUGGUGUCAGGAAGAGCAUAAGAACAUGGGCUACUACGACUACAUCAGUCCGCGCUUCAUGACUCUCCUUGGCCGCUCCCGGCCCAUAUGGUAUGUUGGCCGGGAACCGGCAGCCGCACCAGCCACCGGAAACAAGAAUGCUCACUUGGUGUCACUGAGGAAGUUCCUGGAUACUGCCUUCAAUCUGAAAGCCUUUGAGGGCAAGACAUUUUAGAACAAGGCCAAGGAUGCUAGGUCUUGCUGAGGGAGGUUUUCAGGAAACUCUGGGGCCCCCAGAUGAGCCACACUCGCAUAGCAGUUGGGACCACAGAAUAGCACUGCUGGUUUUGAUCUCUGUUAUUUCAGAAUUUGUCAGGACCAAGACGUAGCACCCCUUAGGGGCAGGGGAUGCAGCUAUGUUCUGUUGCACCAGCUCUGCUGACCUUUCUCAAUUUUGGGGGGUGGGGGUGGUGCUUUUCCUAGCUGCACUGGUCUUGUUCCUGAACAGCCACAGGAGCUGUGUACUAGUGCUCCCAUCCUGGCAGACUCAGUUGCCGUUCACCCCGUUGUCUUCAUGUGCAGAUUCAAAAAGAUGCCCUCCUCCGUGUUCUUGGAAGCAGAGAUUUCAGCUCACUCGCGCUGCGAGAUGCAGUGAGGUGUAGCCCACACGUGGAAACCAAAGUAGGAAACCAAAGAGAAGAGGAAUAAAGAUAUGCUUCA